GGGGCCCCGGCGCGCCACGCAGGCGCAGAUCGUGAGUGGCGGGUCAGGUGACCCGAGGGGCUUCUGAGUGCGUUGGAGCCGUUGGCUUAGGCCGUUCUUUCGGCCGCGAGUCGUCGCAGCGAUGGCGAGUCAGUCGCAGGGCAUCCAGCAGCUGCUGCAGGCCGAGAAGCGGGCGGCCGAGAAGGUGUCCGAGGCCCGCAAGCGAAAGAACCGGAGGCUGAAGCAGGCCAAAGAAGAGGCACAGGCCGAGAUUGAACAGUACCGCCUGCAGAGGGAGAAGGAGUUCAAGGCCAAGGAAGCUGCGGCACUGGGGUCCCAUGGCAGUUCUAGCAGUGAAGUGGAGAAGGAGACCCAGGAGAAGAUGACCAUCCUCCAGAACUACUUCCAGCAGAAUAGGGAUGAAGUCCUGGAUAACCUCUUGGCCUUUGUGUGUGACAUCCGGCCAGAAAUCCAUGAGAACUACCGCAUAAACGGAUAGGAAAUGGAAGCAGCUGCUCUGUGGUUGGCAUGGGAGAUGCCGUCAUAAAACAGGGAACCUCCACAGAGCUUAAGUUCUGUUCUGGAAGGCAUUAAAUUAUUUCUCUAUGCUGUUGUAGCUCCCGUCACUUAUGAAGAGUGUCAACUCUAGCUUUCUGUACAGAUUUAGUAUGUACCUGAAAUUUCAUCAUCUUACCUUGUAUGUCUGUAAGGAGUAUAUGUUUUCCAAUGUGUUUGUGCAAGUAACAGGUAUCAAUGUUGACUUUUCUGUUAUUAGUCUAGUAGAAAAGAACAAUUCUUUGAAGGAAGAAAGGGAGGAAACUGGUCCCUUCCACUUUCUUAAAGGUCAGGGGCGUUAUCUAUGAAAAAGUAGUAAAUAGCUAAUUGUGCCUCCCAUGAAGCAGCAGCCAGCCUUACAGUAGUCCAUCCUGGCUAACUUAGGACAGUGAAUAUGCUUGUUCAGGCUGCUGUUAGUGCAUCCUAACCCAAAUCACUAGAUGCUAGGACCCUACUUGUUACAUGUUAUUUGGUGUACUUGUAAUCAUUUAAUAAUAAGUAAAACUUGUUUUGCCUUUCAA